CACCUUCUUGCCCUUAAGAAUCCGUUGGCUUCAUUCAAACGGGCCGCUUUCGCCACCAUCCAAUCCGAACAUCUGAUCUUCAGCUACCGACCAAUGAACGAAUGCAAUAGAUAAGGAGGAAAGUAGGCAUGAAGCCAUCUCGCAGCGCCAUUACACUUUAGGGCAGGAAGGUUAAGAAGCCGGCAUGGCGCUCAGGUCAAUAAAAUCGAUAGCUGGAACCUGCCUGUGUUGUAGGCAGCGGUGGUGCAGGAGCAGCGCCGCCAUCUUCCCCGAAGGCAUCUUCCGGUGCCUCUCACCCAAGUUCCAGCCGGAGUUUCCUGAAUAACGGUGUAGUCUGUGUUGGGCCGCCUUGGCGCCUCAGGCGGCCGAUUCAGAUUUCCUCCGGGCCUUCCCGGCCGGGGCGCAGGUCCCAUGGCGCCGCCUUCGGCUCCGCUCCCUGCGCGGGCACCAGGAGAAGCUGCACCUACUCGGAGAAGGGGCAGGAGGCCAAGGGCCUUGAAGUUCGCGGACGUGGCCGUGUACUUCUCCUCGGAGGAGUGGUGCUGUCUGCGGCCCGCGCAGAGGACUCUGUACCGGGAUGUGAUGCGCGAGACCUACGGCCUCCUGGGCGCGCUCGGAUGUGCAGGUCCCAAACCAGCUCUCAUCUCCUGGUUGGAACGAAAUACCGAUGAUUGGGAACCGGCAGCCCUAGAUCCGCAGGAGUACCGGAGAUGGGUAACAUUCCAGAGAAAAACCAGAACCAGACAGAAGAAUGAAGAGAAGCAAGCAUUCCCACCUAAGGAAAUGCCCCGAAAGGGGAAGCGAGGACGGAAGCCCAGCAAACCCCGGUUGAUUCCCAGACAGACGUCUGGGGGCCCCAUCUGCCCUGACUGUGGCUGUACCUUUCCUGACCACUCCGCCCUGGAGAACCACAAAUGCGCCCAGAAUCUGAAGAAGCCCUACCCUUGCCCAGACUGUGGGCGCCGCUUUUCCUACCCAUCCCUGUUGGUCAGUCACCGGCGGGCACACUCUGGUGAGUGCCCUUACGUUUGUGACCAGUGUGGCAAACGUUUUUCCCAGCGGAAGAACCUGUCUCAGCACCAGGUCAUACACACAGGAGAGAAACCCUACCACUGCCCUGACUGUGGCCGCUGCUUUCGACGGAGCCGGUCCUUGGCCAAUCACCGGACCACACAUACGGGUGAGAAACCUCAUCAGUGCCCUAGUUGUGGGCGCCGCUUCGCCUACCCAUCUCUGCUUGCUAUCCACCAGCGGACACACACAGGAGAGAAGCCCUAUAUCUGUCUAGAAUGCAGCCGUCGCUUCCGCCAGCGCACUGCCCUGGUCAUCCACCAGCGCAUCCACACUGGAGAGAAGCCUUACCCGUGUCCUGACUGUGAGCGGCGGUUCUCCUCCUCCUCUCGCCUGGUUAGCCACCGGCGUGUGCACUCUGGGGAGCGCCCCUAUGCCUGUGAGCAAUGUGAAGCCCGAUUCUCCCAGCGCAGCACCCUGCUCCAGCACCAGCUCUUGCACACAGGCGAGAAACCCUACCCGUGCCCGGACUGCGGACGUGCCUUUCGAAGGAGUGGCUCCUUAGCCAUCCAUCGCAGCACCCACACAGAGGAGAAGCUGCAUGCUUGCGAGGACUGCGGCCGCCGCUUUGCUUACCCCUCACUGCUGGCCAGUCAUCGGCGUGUGCACUCAGGCGAGCGGCCCUAUGCUUGUGACCUUUGCUCCAAACGCUUUGCCCAGUGGAGCCACCUAGCUCAACACCAGCUUCUGCACACGGGGGAGAAGCCUUUCCCCUGCCUUGAGUGUGGUCGAUGCUUCCGACAGAGGUGGUCUCUGGCUGUCCACAAGUGCUGCCCCAACACCCACAAUGGUAGCCCUAGACCUGUUAUAGGAGGGUCCAAUCAGAGGAGCAGUGUCCUUUAGCGUGACAAAGACUAUAGAGAACUCGGGAGGAGCUGCCAGAAGUCAUACAAGGGGAAGCAGAACUAAAGCCCUGGUCCCCUGCCCCACAUCCUGACCUCCAGUGUAUUCCAGCACACUGGCUGCCUUACAGCAUGUCUAAAGCAGUUAUCAGGAGAGAUGACACCAUCUGAUUAAAGUUUUCCAAGCUAAA